AAAUUCUCAUUCUCAUACGGGUGGUAUAGAAAAGAAAAGAAAAGAAAAGGUUGAAACUUGAGGGACCAAAAGUUAUAAUCUUUAUUGUUGGUUUAAAUUGAAUGGUCUUCCUUUUCCGGGUGGUAUGAGAUUCCAUGCUUGGAUUCAGCUGAGUCGGGUAUAUAACAGAGAGCAGAGCAUUGCUUAGGGCUACGCUGGCUUUUUCUUCACAUAUUUCUGAAGAGGAGGAGGAAGGUACGACUCAUUGCCUCUUGCACAAUCAUCCCGAGAUGAACACCAUUGAAGUCGAUUCUGGGCCCAAUACCAAAGUUUUCGAUGAAGAGACAUUGGGCCUGGACGUCCCAGAAACCGCCCAUCAGAUUAGCACAGAUUCAUGGUUUCAAGCGGGGUUUGUGCUGACAACUGGAAUCAACAGUGCAUAUGUGCUGGGAUAUUCUGGAACUGUGAUGGUUCCUCUGAGUUGGAUAGGCGGUGUAAUCGGUUUGCUUUUAGCCACUGCAAUAUCACUCUAUGCGAAUACUCUGAUUGCCAAGCUUCAUUUAUUUGGGGGGAAGAGGCAUAUCAGAUACAGGGAUCUUGCAGGGUUUAUAUACGGAAAGAAAGCUUAUGCUCUUACAUGGGGAUUGCAGUAUGUUAAUCUUUUCAUGAUCAACACUGGAUAUAUCAUUUUGGCUGGCCAGGCCCUCAAGGCUGCCUAUGUUCUGUUCAGGGAUGAUGAUGUUAUGAAGCUACCUUACUUUAUUGCUAUUGGUGGUUUUGUUUGUGCAUUAUUUGCCAUUGGGAUACCACACUUGUCAGCUCUAAGGGUUUGGCUGGGGGUUUCAACAGUCCUGAGCUUGGUCUAUAUUAUUGUAGCACUGGUCCUGUCGCUUAAAGAUGGAAUCAAAGCACCACCCAGGGAUUAUAGUAUCCCAGGGACACAUAUAAGCAAAAUAUUUACAACAAUUGGAGCAGCUGCUAACCUUGUUUUCGCAUUCAAUACCGGAAUGCUUCCAGAGAUACAGGCUACAGUGAGGAAGCCAGUGGUUGAAAACAUGUUAAAAGCUCUGUACUUUCAGUUCACAGCUGGUGUUUUGCCAAUGUAUGCAGUAACUUUUGUAGGGUAUUGGGCAUAUGGAAACUCAACAUCAGCUUACUUGCUCAACAAUGUAAACGGACCGGUUUGGGUGAAGGCAUUUGCCAAUAUCUGUGCCUUCCUGCAAUCAGUCAUUGCUUUGCAUAUAUUUGCAAGUCCAAUGUAUGAGUAUCUGGACACAAGGUUUGGGAUUAAAGGAAGUGCAUUCAAAAUCCAGAACUUGACAUUCAGAAUUACGGUUAGAGGCGGCUAUCUAGCUGUAAACACAUUGGUUGCAGCUCUUUUGCCAUUCCUAGGAGAUUUCAUGAGUCUCACAGGAGCCAUCAGCACAUUCCCUCUUACAUUCAUUCUCGCAAACCACAUGUACCUGGUGGCGAAGAAGGACAAGCUCACUUCAUCACAAAAGCUCUGGCAUUGGCUAAAUAUUUGCGUCUUUGGCUUUUUGGCAGUUGCAGCCCUAAUAUCAGCCUUGAGGCUCAUUGCAGUAGAUUCCAAAACUUACCAUGUCUUUGCUGAUCUAUGAUACUUUUUUUUUUUUUUUUCCUUUUCCUUUUCAAUAUUGAUCCCUCAAUUGUAUUUAGUAUGCAUUUAGGCUGUACUUCGUUUAUAGCUUAAGCAUCAAAUAAUAUCAGAU